AUAAGGGGAAAAAAAGAGAAAUAAACAAAAGGGGAUAGCCACGAAAAAACAAGAGCUCGUUCAGUGAAAUCCAACAGCAGAGAAUCCUCGACGAUUCAUCUCGAUCUAGGGCUAGGGUUAGGGUUUUGGUUCUGGACUGAUUGCUUGCUGCUAAUUUCCGAUUCAGAUUGAAGGAACAAAAAAUAUGAGACCAGAUCCAACGGAUUUGUACAGCUUUGGACCGGGAUAAAUGUAUUACAGGGGGAUGUCAGGUUGGAACUUCGGGGAGCUUGAAGAUAUUGACUGGGAUGUAUUUGGUAGCUGUGAUGACCAUAUAGUGCCACAUCAAGGCGGUGAAUGGUUGGAUGGAUCUUCAGCUCCUAGUGAUGCCCAUAAGAAGCCACACCUUGAAGUGAAAAAUGACGUUGAAAAGAGCAUGUUUAGUAAGGGUUCCGCAACGAAAACUGCCCUUUGGGGCAAAGAAGAUGCAUAUUAUCCUUCUGCGAAAAAUGGAUGCUCAUCCAUCCUAGAGAAAUCACGGCCUCAUACUUCCAAUAUUAUAGUUCCAACAUUAUCUGAUGGUGAGAACACUGCCAAUGACAUUGUUUUACCUUCUCAAGAUGGAAGAAUAUUGAAAUAUUGUGUAAAUGAAUGUGCUGCAGAAAAGAGGAACAUGUGCUCGAAAGAACCUAGUAUAGGAACAAGGAUUUUGACUGAUGAUAGCAAAUCUUGCCUUUCCCAAGACAAUGGUGUUUCCAUAGAUUCUACUCAUCUUUCUUUCCUGGAAAGUGAACAAAAGACCAGGGAUGCAGACCUCGGCUACUAUGAUUGGCCUGAUAUUGGAAAUUUCGAGGACGUUGACAAAAUGUUCAGAAACUGGGAUUCCACAUUUGGACAAGAGCAAACUGGCACUGUUGAUGAGCUUUCGUGGUUCUCAUCUUGUUCAAAUGCAAUUUAUGGAUCAGAGACUGCUUUGGAACAGGGCUUCCAAUCUUCAAGUUCAGAUUUGGCUAAUGUACACGCUAAAACGGAUUCCCAUUGUACCAAUGCCAACUUGUUAUCCAAAAGCAUCACUGCCACAGCUGAUCGUCAGAUGUCAACUUCUUCAAAUUAUUGUCAGUGGUUGGAUACCAAUGCUCUAUCUAGAGGCAGAUCUACUGCAGGCAAAGAAAAGUCAUUUCAUGGAGCAAAUGAUAUAGACAAUGCGGGGCUCAGUCAGAUUAACAGUGAGUGUAGCUUGAAUCAAAAUGAGGCAACUGAUGCAAAGCAGUUAGAAGGCCAGCAGUCAUCAGAAGGCAGGGGAACAAAACAAUCCACAAAUCAAAUGCUUUUGGGUUCUGAUGUUUUAGCUCCUCAAAUAUAUAGUUCUCAGCAAUUUUCGCAGCAAAAUAAUUUGGCACCAAACUACAUGCAUAAUUUUGAUCGCCAAUCACAGCUGGACUAUGGCAUUGCAGCACAUCAGGUUUCCUUUGCACAGAUAAGUUCGAGUCUUGAUUUUGAAAAAGGAUCCACCAGUACAUCAUCAUCUUUUAAAGUUUCGGAUCCCAUUGUCAAUCAUCCCACCCAAUGCUUGGAAAACCUUCCUGAUCAAGUUUAUAUGCCUCAAGUUAUGGCACCAGAGGAGAAUAUGGAAAAACUGUAUCAAGGCCAGCAAUUGUGUAGCACAGUUACUGCUGAACACCCAAUGCAACACUCAGCUUUCCGAAGUAAAAAUUCAGUUCAGAGAAAACCAUCUGGAACCAGAGAUGUCACUAGAAGGGAGGAUGUAAACAAGGAGCUCUCAACAGUUGACAUGGACCAUCAAACAGUAACGGAGAGCGCUGGUGUGGCAUCAGUUUCUUCUGAUGACAUUUCAGCAAAGGUUACUGGCUUUCAGCAGAUUCAGGAUGUGAUGCACCAGUUGGAUGUUCGAACAAAGCUAUGCAUAAGGGACAGUUUGUAUCGGUUGGCUCGGAGUGCUAGGCAAAGGCAUGGUUUCACUACUCAAAAUUUCAGCGACGGCACUACUGAUGCGGAAGGAAUACAUGGUACCGAAGCAUCAAAUAGAUCGGUGGAAUUUGUGGAUGCUGAGACCAACACAAAUCCAAUAGAUCGAUCCAUAGCACAGUUGCUCUUCCACAAGCCUGUACAGCAUGUUGCAAGGUCUGUUGAUGAUGCUAGAUCACUUGAGUCUCAUAUGAUGAACCAGCAGCUUCAUGUUCCCAUCACUAAUCAGGCCUCGGUAACCAAUCAAUUUAACCAUCAAUCCGUGUUUGGUAGCUGUACUGAUAUGGAGACUGACCUAUCAUGAGAUUUUGGUUCAACUGUGAGACCUGCUGCUUUGGAUGUUGACAUAAUGUUGUAAUGUUAUAAGCCAGCAGUAUUUUGACGUGCUUAUUGUAAAUUUGAAUAGAGUAAUAUGUUAGGGAAGAGUUUCAUCAAAGAGAUAAGAUGAGAUGGUACACGGAAGUUAUGUUAUUUAUUUAUGGUCACUGUUUAUUUGCA